GUGUGCGUGAGUGCAGCAGGAAGAAAUGAUCGCUUUGUCAAAGAAUUUGCCACGGUGGACUGGAUGGCCUACCAAGGUGCUCCAGAUGGAGGUGUGGCGGGUAAAAUGCGUAUUCCAGAGUGGUGGACUGGAUCACAGUGCUCAAAAGUCAGCCUUCCUCAGGCAAUAACACUUUAUUGUUACCUCUCAGCUGCAUCUUGUUUCGUUGCAUAAACCGUAAAAAAUAAUGACCUUUAGUUAAGUUUUCAAUAAGGUGAACAUUUGCUAUGCUGAUGUCAUAAGUACCAAACACUCCAGUUGUUAUCCAAUCAAAGAUAUCGUACUUGGACUUGGAGACAUGAGCUGCAAAGAGGCAGCCCAGUUCUGUCCGCGAAAUUCUUUCUGACACAUAGGCCAUUUUUAAACCUUUUCCAAUUUUUACACUGUUUGUCAGAAGGGGCAGAUAUUCUUAAAAAAAAAAAGCAUUAUUUAUUACAAAAAAAUAGGAGAAAGACACUUGCACGGUCAAGGGCUAAAUUUGACAGUCGCGUUCACACACCUGACCACGAUCCGAUGUCCUAUGAGCGUCCCGAUCAUGUGAAAUGUUAUAUAUUCCAAAUUUUACAUGCUAUUCUCCCAAUCAUCUUUGCUGAGUAUACGUAAUGAUUACCAAUUCAAGUUUCUUACUGUUAUAAAUGUUUCUUUUUUUACCAGGGAAAAUUUGCGUUUACACCAACGGUCCUGGUUACAGCAGAACAUAUAAGUGCAGACUUUAAGCAUGAUGCCGCAAGUUUGUGGGUGGAAAACGCAACCAGUUCCUCCUUUUACGUUUGUCUUCGAGAACUACAGAAUUAUGAUGGUCUACAUGAAGAUAUCUUGGUG